AUGAAUAGAGUUUUUCACCCUUACCUUGAUAGUUUUGUGGUAGUAUUCAUAGAUUAUAUUUUAGUAUACUCCAAGACUAGAGAGGAACAUGAAGAACCUCUGAGGAUUGUGUUGCAUACCCUUAAGGACCGACAACUCUAUGCUAAGUUGUCCAAGUGUGAGUUCUGGUUAGAGAAAGUUGGUUUCCUAGGGAAUGUGAUAUCUCAAGGGGGUAUAGUUGUGGAUCCCUCUAAGAUAGAAGUUGUUCUUAAGUGGGAGAGUCCUAAGUUUGUUUUUGAGAUUAAGAGUUUUUUGGGCUUAGCAGGAUAUUACCGGAGAUUCAUAGAAGGUUUUUCCAAGUUGGCUCUACCUUUAACUAAACUGACUCGUAAGGGUCAAGCUUUUGUGUGGGAUACCCAAUGUGAGCAUAGUUUCCAGAUCCUUAAGGAAAGAUUGACGACCGCUCCAGUGCUAGUUUUGCCUAACCCGAGAUAA